AUGAGGUUCUAUUUCUUCAUCCUACUGGUCGCCUGUCUAUCCCCAACCCUGCUUGCUUUUGUGGCACGGGUUCCUCACGUUGACCGUCCUGAAUAUGGCGUCCUGCGUGUGAGGGACACGGAAGAUACAGGAGAUUCUCACAAUGCGACAAGCACGAAUGCGACGAGCAGUGCAACAGACAAAGGGAAUUCGACCAGUAAGACAACAGCGACUGCAACACCGGUACCGACCCUGGACAGCUCAAUUGUAGAUGAAGAUAAUGAAACCAACACAACUGCACCCGGGCAGCUACCUGUCAAACCAGCUGUCACACCUGCUCUUGGUGUCGGUGGCUUUAUCCUGCUGGCUACUGGCACGAUUCUGGCGCUGAUUGGGGUUAGGAAUCUAUGGGUGCAAGUUUUCCUAUCUUCCGCCUUCCUCACCAGCCUAGGAGUAACGGUACUCAUCGUUUAUGUGAUGAGCCCUCCGGUCCGUGAUGCAAUCCAAGGCGCAUAUCUGGUAGCGAUAUUUUUCACCGGAAUCACAUUCGGAGCACUCGCGAUUGUUUUCAAGGAAUUAGCUGAAGGACUCGGAUGUCUACUAGGAGGUUUCUGCGUGAGCAUGUGGUUGCUUUCCACAAAACCAGGCGGGCUCAUAACGGCAACCGAUGCGAAGGCUGGGUUCAUUGGCGCAAUUUCCGUCGGGUUUUACGCUGUUUCUUUCAGUCAUUACACCCGUGAUUAUGGGCUCAUCGGCGCAACAUCAAUAGCUGGUGGUACGGCCAUCGCCUUGGGGAUCGACUGUUAUAGCAAAGCUGGUUUGAAAGAGUUUUGGCUUUACCUUUGGGCGUUGAACGAUGAUAUCUUCCCUCUGGGGACGAACACUUAUCCUGUCACUCGUUACAUGAAGGUUGAACUCGCUGUUAUCGUGAUUGUGGCUGUCAUGGGUGUCAUCUCGCAAUUACGGUUAUGGAAGGUUGUCCGCGAACGAAGAUCUAAGGACGAGGAGAAGCGCCAAGAAGAGCAGAGGAAGAAAGACGAAGCCGAAACCGAAGCUGCGAAACGACUGGAGGAAUUUAAUAUGAAAGAGCGAAUGGAAUGGGAAGCUAAGUAUGGCGACAACGUAGCCUCAUCUGAAACUUCGACAGCUAUCCCCGAACUAGCAGCUGGCUCACAAACGGGUCAUGCCGAUGAUGGAAACUUAAAGGAAAAGGACGAUGCGGGUGAAAAGAAAAGUAUUUCGGACUCCGUGGUUUCUUACCGUUGCUCUGAGUGCAGGGCACAAGGAGAUUGUGAUGCUUCUACAGAUGCCACCGGAGACAACGAGACGCAGAACCAGGACGAUGCCGACGAGACAGACAGAAAUGCAGGUCCUAGCCCGGAUACUGAGGCGCCGGGUGGAGGUCUUCCCAAGUGUUUGCGCAACAUGGCGGCGGCAGACGACCGAAGCUCCGACGUUACUGCGAUCGUCGGCUCGGAAACAGUAUCCGUCUACUCGAAACGGUUCUCGAUGCUAUCCAGAAAAACGUCCACAAAGAGCAACACGAAUCGUCUCUCGGAAUCUCAAGAAGCCUUGAUAACGCGUGAUGACGAUUCUAUGUCUAUGAUAGGUGUUGCAGAGGACGCCAACGAUGUAAACUCUGAUUGCCAUACGAUUGCCGGGGACAGCCAUUACCAGGCCAUGUUGGAUGAGGAGCAACCAGAAACUCCAAUGGAGAAACCCACAGCCAGUCAAGAAGACAGUAAGAAGUGUCGAUCCGAAAAUGCCGAAAGCGCACCAAAUCCGACAAAGGAAGAAUCAUCCCAGCCACUCGACAGCCCUAAGCCGGAGGAACUGCAGGGCAAGGAAGUUGCUUCCAAGGAAUGCACGUCAAGUGUGGAAACUCGCAAGACCGAGCAACCUACGGUGAAAGAAAGCCGCCAAAACGAUGAGGUUGAGAAUGAAAAGAAAACACAAGUCGAUGCUGAAGCUCAACAUGUGGAAGCCUCCAUGAAAGCGCCUGCAACGACAGAAAAGGAUACGCAAAAGACCGAGCAGCAGUCAGAUACUGUUAAGGAUGACGCACAACCACAACAAGGCGAAACGGCCGCAAGUCAAUCCAACGAGGACGGUCAAGCUUCGAGCAAGCCUACGGAAGCGGACCAAGCUAGCGACUUCAAGAACAAGGGCAAGGCUCAGGAGGGACUACAACCGGACAAGGACUCGGCGACAGAACCAGCUGAUGGGGCUUCCGCAGAAGGCGGCAAUGAACACCUGGGGUUAGAAACCACUAAGAAGCCAGAAGAACCCCCUUCGAGUGAAAAGUCCGAAAAGAGAAAAGAGGAACCGAAGCGACUAAACGCAGAGACCGUUGAGCAAAUUCCAAAACAUACAUCAAGAGUUAUCCAAGCCUACCGCAUGAACGAGUGGGCGAAACACCUGACGGAUGCUGAUAUCCCUGAACUGGAACCAAUUGAGCCGCUCGAAGAGCAACGAUCAGACCCAGCUGAGCAAGAAGAGUCUGCAGCACCAGUCAAAGUGACAGAACUACUACAGACGCCACUAAAUGCGCAGCCUCCUCCAGCUGUGGAGCCCCGUGCUGCACUUGGACAGGAAGCAAACGAAGGCAACUUCCCGUAUGACUCUCGAACGGGCUCACAGACAAAGAAGAGGAGAUCAAAAUCACCCAGGCGCCUUUCCGGCUUGUCUGUUGGUUCAUCUCAUAACCUGGCUCAGAAUUUGCCUCCCGCUGUGCAACCACAGCUGGGUGACAUUGCCACUGCCUCUUCGACAACGCUGCUUCCCAAUGUUGCGCCUGUUGGACAGGGUUACGAAGAGAGUGAGAAAACAAAGCCCCGAUGGAAAGGUCCGGCUCCUCUGAUUGCGGUACGCGAGGACAUGAUGCGAAAUCGAUUGUCGUCAGUAUCCCUGCCAACCGAUCCCUACGCGAGACAUAGCACCAUCCAGUCACCCCCAGACUAUUCAGCCCGGUACCCCUCCACCUUCCCAAUAGCUGAAGAGGAUGAUGAUGACAUCCCCCUGUCUCAGCGCCGGACAAUGCUCCACCAACUGGGUAGUCCGAUCUCACCAACAGACACAGUCUCGGCACCAAUGAGGUGGAGUAACAGUGGGGUGCCGUCGAGAGCAAACUCCCCGGCAGUUCUGGCAGCUUGGCGGGAGUCUGUCCGGGAAGAUCUCAAGGAGAGGCGUAACCCGCUCAAGCUGGCCACCGGUGGCCAGUCAGUGUCACCCACUCCGAUGGGACCUGGCGAUCGUAGCUCGACGCCAUUCAGCCAACUAGGACAGCGCAGUGUGUCAUCGCCGAACAUUAUUGCGGACAAGAUCGCUGAAGGAAUGCAACGAGGCGACAUGAGCGAGCUGCAUCGGGAGGCCAUGCGGCGGAUGCAAGCCAAGGUCAAUAAAAGCGUCAAUCGGCUCGUAUGA